CAGUUAAAUUAUUACCUUACUUAUUACUUUUCUGGCUAAAGGAAUGAGUAUUUGUCAGUUUCCAGAAAAAACUUCUUCUGAAAUAUCACUAACUAUAUAUUUCUGCCUCAUCAUUUCACCAAAAACCACACUGGAUCUCGGUCAGAAGAUGUUACAACACUAGGUCAUCGAUAGUAAAAGUGUUGUAUUAUUCUCUUCAUGUAGCUAUAACUCCUGUCACCCACGUGUGAUUAUAUUUCAUGAUGCAUGUUAUCAAAAGAAAUCCAGAGUCUGUGUGUGUGUGAUGAUGACGAGACGUCUCUGCUAAUGAUGGAUGACAGGAACAGACGUGAGCGGAUCAGACCUGCACACACACACCUGGAUGAAGACAGCUGUCCUGCUGAACGAGCUCCUAAAGGUUACAUCGGAGCAGGAGAUGUUGUACACACUCGUUCUACUCCACUGCGUGUAAAGCCAGGAUGUAAAGGUCCGGCCAUCAACAGAGACCUCAAACCUGGGAGACUGCCCAAGAGCUCCUCAGAUGGACGAUUGGAGUUGAUGGGAUCUGCUGAGAGGGCUUUCACAGUCCCACACAGGCCGGUGAGAUCAUUACCCAGAGAUCACCUGCGUUUACCGCCUCCACCAGUACAGACCAUCACUGACUGUCCUAACCAGUUUAACCAGUUUGAUGAGUCUCCUCCGUCCAGACCUGCACCAGAACCAGCGUCACCGCUGACCAGAUCACACACCAGCAGACCAGCAUGGACACAACCCAGUCCGAGUGAGCGAGGGAAUGUUAAUACUUCAUCAUCUUCAAGUCACACGUCUCACAGGUUUUCUCUGGAUCUGGAGUCUCAGGAUUUGGACAGCUGCUGUGAGAGAGAGACGAGCUCGCUGGAUUCACACGUGAGGAAACAGCAGCAUCACGAAUGGCCUCGUGCUAAAGGAGAAGCCCUCGGCAGCUUCACCAACCACAGCAAACCUGCACAGGGAUUGGAGGAUCAGAACUGGUAUGUUGGUGCGGAAGGAGCCUUUCUAGUGCGCGACUGCUCGAAGAACACUACCUAUGAGCCCUUGGUCCUCGCUGUGUUUUACAGCAAAAGAGUGUUUAACAUUCAGAUCCGCUUCAGUGAUGAAACCAGCAAAUACUCUCUGGGAACAGGCCUGAGAACCAAUGACAGGUUCGACUCCGUCACCGACAUCAUCAGGUUCCACUCCAUUUUUCCCAUCGUUCUCAUUGAUGGGCGGAAACCUUCGGAGGCAGCCAAUCAGGGGAGGCAGUGUGUGCUGAUGUACCCAAUCACAAAGCAGGAUCUGACCGAGCUGUUGAAAUAA